AUGAAGGCUGCAGAGAGUGAGGUCCCCGAUGCGCACUUCACUGUAGAUAAACAGAACAUCUCCCUCUGGCCCCGAGAGCCUCCUCCCAAGACGGGUCUGCCUCUGGUUCCGAGGAAACUUCUCACAGUCCGUGCUGCAGUAAUCUUCCUGACGCUGGUCCUGGUCGCCUCUGUCCUGCUGCAGGCCUUUCUCUAUUCCUGGUUUAUGGGCACAAUAUCAGAUGUAAAGACCAAUGCCCAGUUGCUGAAAGGUCGUGUGGACAACAUCAGCACCUUGAGUUCUGAAAUUAAGAGGAAUAGAGGUGGCGUGGAGGUGGCCGGUGUUCAGGUCCAGAUGGUGAAUGCCAGCCUGGAUCGUGUGCGUUCUCAGAUCCAGAGGUUGGAAACCGGUGUGAAGGAAGCCAAUGCUCAGAUCCAGACACUAACAAGAAGUUGGGAGGAAGUCAAUAAUUUAAAUGCCCAAAUCCCCGAGUUAAAAAGAGAUUUGGAUAAAGCCAGUGCUUUAAAUGCAAAGGUCCGGGGACUCCAGAGCAGUUUGGAGAAUAUCAGCAAGUCGCUCAAACAGCAAAAUGACAUUCUCCAGGUGGUCUCUCAAGGCUGGAAGUACUUCAGGGGGAACUUCUAUUACUUUUCUCGCAUCCCAAAGACCUGGUACAGUGCCCAGCAGUUUUGUAUGUCCAGGAAUUCACAUCUGACCUCAGUGACCUCAGAGAGUGAACAGGAAUUUCUGUACAAGGCAGCAGGCGGACUUCUCCACUGGAUUGGCCUGACCAAAGCAGGGAGUGAGGGGGACUGGCAUUGGGUGGAUGACACUCCAUUUGACAAGGUCCAGAGUGCCAGGUUCUGGAUUCCAGGUGAGCCCAACAAUACUGGGGGCAAUGAACAUUGUGCCAAUAUAAAGGUGUCCUCGCUCCGGUCAUGGAAUGAUGCCUCCUGUGACAAUGUGUUACUUUUCAUCUGUAAACAGCCCUACAUCCCGUCAGAACCAUGACAGGACAGGCCCCUAAGCUCACACUUUAAGCUCCAAAGCUUGUUGAACUCAAGGAAAUGCUGCUCUUUCCUCCGUACUGCAGAGUGACUUUGCAUCUUAAUUUUUCUUGCUUCAAAAUUGUCCCCAAGGCCUUCUGGAGUCUGUCUGCCUUGGCUAGGAAUUCUCCAACCCCACAGAGGAAGCUGGAAUGGAAAGAAGA